UCGUGUACGACCGUUGUGUCGCUCGCUGCUAUUCGGUGAGGGUCGUUUUUCUAUCCCCCCAAAAAAAUACCCACGAAAAUGCCGCGACGCGAAGUGCGAAAUUUUUUCGAAAACGAACCCCAUUCCAGGAAGUAACGUCCUUGUUACUUCCGCAACGAAAACCGCGAAAUGUCAAACCCUACGAGGGGAGGCGAGAAAUCACCUCUUUUCAAAUUUUUAUUUUCGCGCGCAAUUUAAAAAAUUCGCCUAAAGUAAUGCGCGAGACAUGUGAAAGUAAAAAGUGUAUUUCUUAUCUUGUUGAGAAAGGAUCGUUCUAGGGUUAAAAUUGAAAAUGUCCUCUGGUCGGUUCCCAGGAUUCGCUGAUUGUGAGUUCACUCUCUGAGUCUCUCGUGACUUCGAGAUCGGAAAUCGGAUAAGUGGGUGUUUUUCUGUUAUGUGUGCAAGUGUGGCAAAAAGAAAAUAUAAAAAAUGCCGUUCGUGAUUCGAAAAAUAGAGCCUCGUUAUGUAUCUCGAGGCCACGUGCCCCAAGGCAAAGCCUCCCAGGAUUGGCCAGUGGGGGCUGAAUUGGAGGCCGUGGCGAAUGGAGCCCUCACGGCCUCCCUCAAACAAUUGGCAUCCUUAUUGACAGCGGCUGAAGAUAUUUUUGCCGAUUUGACAGCGGAAUUGACAACCGUUGCUGACAGAAGUGGCAAACUCAGACAGAGGCUGGACAAGGUCGAGGAACACUUGAGUAACACCGAUCCCAAGAAAAUACCAGUCCCGGAGUCUGAUAUGUCGACCUUUGCAUUAAGGACGGAACAUUUUAAAUCUUGGAACAAACCUGUGACCUCGCUAUUUACAUCAGACACGAGGCCAAAAGCCUUGAAAGAGUUAUACGAGGCCGCGGCGAUAGUAGCUGUAAAAACUUUGGAUUCUUUAAGAAGAGAUCAAGAUGGCAGUUCUAUGGACAUGUUCCUAUGUACUCCUGUCCUUGGCAAGAGAAGGCGAGAUCAAAGUCUUGACAUUGAAUCUAGAGUCCCUGCCGCUAUCGAGGAUCUGCGAAGAUGGACAUCAACCGAGGCACUUGGGGAUGUGACAGUGCCACCGGACUGCAUGUCCAGAAUCUUGGGAGAUACGACCGAUGACAGUGCUGUUGAUCACAAGCUUCCUAGUCCCGAGGAACAGGUUCAGGCUGUGGCACUCAAAUUCCCGGCAGAGAUAGUAGCUGUAGAUGUGAGUGGAAGAGGGUUCUAUCGGAUGUCAAUGCGAAGACGAUCCUUAUUAUCUGGACCUGAAAGACAAGAGACAGCCGUGAAAAGAAGGUCGCGUCCCAGGAGGCCCAGAGGGAAGAGACGAAACACGAUCGCUGGAACUGAUCAGAAAGAAAUUCGUCAAGCUAUAGAAGGGGAAACGACGGUGGAUGAACCUGAUGACAUAGCAGGACCAUCAAGAGCGCAUCGAUCUGCAAGUACCGAUAUCUUGGGAUCUUCAAAGAAGCAUUCGCCCUUAGAGAAGAAAUCGCAUUUCAAUACGCUGAAGGCAUGGGGAAUUUCAAGACUGAAACUUAUCAGCCCCAAGAACAGUCAAAGCGCGCAACAGCUCCAACAACCGGAAGCCGAUACUGGCUCAGUGAGUCCUGAAAGGACGGCCGAAGGCCAAACGACCUUACCGGAAGAGAAUAAUAUCUACGAAACCGUGACGACCAGACGAAGAAAGGACAAGUCCCAUGAAAGAAAACCUAGUUCAUCCAGUUCUAGUGGUAAAAGUACUUCCAGUAUUCCAGUCUCUGUUCCUAGCUCGGACAAACAGCUAAGUGUUAAAUUAAGAGAAAGUGCUGCACAAAGGAGAGAAAGAAGAAAAGGAAGCGGCAGAGACGACGCUCCUCAUUCCAGUUCCGGAAACUGGAGCGCCUCCUCCGAAAGUGGAAGGGCCAGUAUUGGAAGCGAAACGACUACCACGACGCACCAACCUAGAUCGACAACAACAGCUUCCAUUGGCACGUCAUCAACAUCCUUGUGCCAUGUUCGUAGGUUCAAGGGACGAGAUACAUCAGCCUCAUCUUCAGUCACCUCUGAAGGCACCUUGACCCCAGAUAUCAUUCAUGAUAUCGGACCGGUUCCCUUUUCAGACGACGGGGAAACAUCCUCUGUGUAUUCUUGUGAUACAGAAGGAUACUACACCUCCUUCCACAUGGAUUCUGGCUUGAAGACUUUGAGGGAGGAAGAAAUACUUCCACAGAGUCCUCUGGUGAGGUCUUGCAACCUCGAUUCAGAUCCAACAUCUCCAGUCGUUGAAAACGAGUACGAAUUGUUUGGAAGAGGAUCGACUUCGACGACCACAAGUUCAGCGGGAACAGUCUGUACUGCUCUCUUAGCUCCUCCACCGCCGGAAAGGAAAUCCAGUUUAACGGUGGUUGCAAUGGUUCAUGGUCAGAACAAGCCAGGCGGUGAAUCUCCCGACAGUGGUCACAACACUUCUUCAUCUCCAGUAGAAUCCGCGUCAAGUCCAGCUUGCACAGGAAGAUCGUAUUCGGAAUUCGAAUACUCGGAAUCGAGCGACCUGGAAGGAUGUGACCGCAUCGAAAGGAUUCGCUCUAAAACCGCAAUCAAUACGAGUAGAAUUCCAUCCAUGUGUGUCAUCACCCCUCCAGGAUCAGAUGACGAACAUGCAAAGGACAGGGAUAAGAAUAAACAGGGGAACAAUGAGAGUCCCGGUUCAGUUUUAAUGUCUGCGACAGUAGGAACUUCCAAAAUGGAGGUAAUCAAUGGUCAGGAUAAAAAUCUCUACGCGACUGUUCAGACCGUUUUACCACCUCCAGAACAAAAGGCGCCAGUGCAAUCAUCAGUUUCUACAAAACUCAGUCCCCUCAGUGGAGUUCUAGGAAAACUUCGUGGUGUUCUGCCUCUGACGGGAAAGAAGCAUCAGCAAAAAACAAACAUCCAGGAAUCCGUCAACCCAGACUCCGGCGACUAUGUUACCAUAGCCGACGUGAGGAACAAUAAUGACAAACUUCCGGAUUCCACUCUGACAAUUCGUUCUGCCGUUACUUACGCGAAUGCUGAUCUUUUCAAGAAGGAUGCGGAGUAUGUUAGCUUGAGUGAAUUGCCAAAGAAGCCGGAUUCUUCUUUGGAGAGGAAGAGACAGGGUGCAAGAGUAACGCUAGAUUCGGAGGGAAAGGUUGUUUACUCGUCAGAUAGUUUAAGGAGGAGGAAAGGAGCUCACACGACAUUCAACCCAGGUCCUUUUGUGAAGGAAGGGGUUUCGCCGAGUCCUUCUCCAUUGCUUCACCGAGCUCAUGUUAAUGUGAGAGCCGUCAACAGGGCGACUGAUUCCGUUGAUGGGAAGCCCAAGUCCUCACCACCAACGUCUCCCCAACUGGGGAAAGUCAUAAUCAGAGCUGCAAAGAGUCCGGAUAGAGCAGCGAGUCCAGAUUACGUCAGAACUCCAUCAACAGUUGUCAGUCCCACCUGCCCUACGAGUCCCCAUAAACAAGUUCGCGGCGCUUACGUCAACGUUCAAGGCGACGAAGACAACACGGUGCUACCAAUUGCUGGGGAUUCGAUUCCAGUACAAAUGACAGUUCAGCAACCACCACCAUAUAUUGGUCCACCACAACCUCAUGAUAUGAGGAAAGCACAGAGUUACGAAGAUUUCGCUAACGAUUCGAAGGCUCAAACAUUGUUCUACUCGCAACAAUGUCCUAAGAGAAUGUACGACAAUAGGGCGAAUUAUUAUCAGAAACAACAGGCAGUUGUAUAUCACCAACAAACCUACAUCGAGGAUCCGAGGAAUUAUCAAGUUUACGAUCAGAACUCGCAGUACUUUGAUCAACAACAGAUCCCGCAAAAUUAUGCUGAAAAUCAGAUGUUGUAUAAUCAGCGAGUUGUUCAAGCCCAAAAUGCCAGGAAUCAACAAUUUUUCACUCUUCCGAAUCGAAGGUCUCAAAGAGAUAAUGAGCCACCUCGAAGUGUCACACCAGAUAUUACGAGAGGUUUGGGACGCGGGCCAGUCAGUUCUAUGCACAUGUUGGCUAGACAGAGUCAAAACCCAGGAAUGGAACAAAUGGGCUAUCAUGGACAAAUGGAAUCUGAUUCUCACAUGGAUUUAAACAGAAGGCAUGUCGAAUUAGAGGCUAGAAGCAGAAUUAUGCAGCAGCAGCAGCAGCAACAACAACAACAACGAAAUUUACCUGUGGACGUUAAAAACAGGUUCGCAGCACCUCAGGGUCUAUCUGCACUCGGUUAUCGAUUUUUCGCAUCUUCGCCAGUACAGCCCUUGGAUAGAAGGUCCCCCUCCAACGAAAGUUUGAAACGCACCCCGAUUUCCCCAAUCGGACCAGAACACAAUAAUGGAUUUAAGUCAUCAACACCAACUGCCAGAUCAACACCAACCGUCGCUGAACGUCUAGCUUUAACUACAAAAGUCCCUUCUACAAAAGUUAGCACAUCAGGAAGAAGUACACCGGUUUCGGGAUCUUCUUCUGGAAGAAAUACUCCCACGAAUUUUGUUAUUUCUCCAACGAGAAGCACCAUGUCAAACGAGGAACUGUUUGCUGCGAUUCACAAGUCAAAGAAGAGGCUAAACAUUAAAGAAGACAGCGAAAAUCUCUCUCCAUCUGGGUCCAUGAAUUCUCUCGUCAAAAAUAAUGCCGGCACAAGGCACAGCUGGAGUCCUGAAUCUCAGAAAGUUCCCGAGAUACCUCCAACAAUUCAAGUACCUUCGACUACUUCACGUCUCGACUUCAAGCGUUUACUUCUUCAGCAAAGCGUCAAAACUGGACCAACGAGGCUUUCAGCUGCCGAGCAGCUAAAACUUUCCCGUCAGCAGUGCCAGUUGCAACAAUCUCCUCAAAGUUCUCCACUUUCUCCUCUCUCAAAAGUCCUCAGUCCUAGGUCAGCUUGGAGGUUCCAAACACCUAGGACCGAUGUACUUUCUUCGACUAUAAUUGAAGACACAGCAGCUGAGGAAAAAGCCAUGAAACCUUCUCCAGAAAAUACUAUGCCUUCUGCGAAAUCUAGACGACAAUUGGAUUUAUGUAAACAGAAGGACAACCAAGAGGUUCAAAAUGAAAAUAGGUUUUCAACUAAACUGAUCAAGGAGCUGAACAAUGCCAGUGACAUGAGGACACAAAAUCCUCAAACUAACCUUGAAGCUACAUCCGAAAACAGAACUGAGUUCAGAACCGAUAAUAGAGUUGCGGUUCCUAAAGUUUCUGAAGAAAGGGUGCCUCCUCUCCAUUCGCAAGGUACCAUGUUGAAUUUAAGGGAAGAGGUGAAAGAUUCUUGUCCAAAAACUUCAGCACAAACCAGGUCGAGUCAAGAUCCGAUCAGCGCCUUUGAGAGUCGUAGACUGAGCAAUCAGCUGGCGAAAGCACAAUUUUUGGCCAGUGGCGUCCCAGUUGGUCAGAAUCAAAAUCAAAAUCCCGUACUCCAAAAGCGAUUUAGGGCGCGAUCUGAAUCACCUCAACAUGCGAUCGCGCAAAAUGUAAGUCGUAGCCCGAGUGCGCCAACAUUAGAGACUGCUCUUUAAAGUCGUUAGGCCCAAAAUUUUUGGGCUAUAUGGACAAUUCCGCAAGCGGCUUCCCCUCACAUCAGAACUUCUUCUUGCGACCCUGGCAAUCGGAAGAUCUUUGUACGCAAUGAGGACUAUCAUUGCAGAAUGUCAUACUUUUAAUAUACCACGUGGUAAUUGACAAACAUAUCAUUCGAUAUCUACCAAUUAUAACGUUUCUGACGAUAAUAUUUGACAUCAAAAGCUGAAAAUUAUAGUUUCAACUACAAUUUUCAGCAAUUAUAGUUUUAACUAUAACUUUCAGCGAAUGUAGUUUUAACUCUAAUUUGCAGCUUUUAAUAGCAAAUAAUAUCGUUGUGAUCGUUAUAAUUUGUUAUUUUUUGCUGACAAUUAUAGUUAUAACUAUAAUUUUCAGCUACUAAUGGCAAAUAAUAUAAUUGAAAUCGUUUUAAUUUUAAAUAAUUUGUUAAAAAUUAUAGUUUUUACUAU